AAAGUAAGGUGUGUGAACGUAACGUACUCGUGUCACAUAAUAUAUAAGAAAAUAUAUAGGAAGUGCGUGUUUUUCGCAAUUGUUGUAUUUACAUGCAAUAAAAUAACUUAUUUUAUUUUCUAUAUAAAAUUUAAAUGAAACAAUAAACAACUAAAUUAAAGUGAAGUGAAAUAAAACUAAGAAUGCGAUAAAGAGGUUAACAAAGCGAGUGGAGAGUUACGAUAAAUCUGUCACAGUUCAAGGUUUUUUUCUUUUAAUCCCCAAGAAAAUCGGACUUUUAAAGUGUUUCUAAUUUAAUAUUAUUAAUUUUAUCAAUUAUUUCGUGAAUGUGGCUUAGUAUUGCAUUGGAAGUUGUAAUUAAAAACGCAAUUUAGUAAAAUUAAAACACAAGGAGAGAAAAAAUUCUCCAAUUGGAAUUUGACAGUGACAGUUUAGUGAAUUCAACCACCACCCAUUGUGUACACUAAAAACCAAAAGUUUGAAGUGUUUUCGCCUUUGCCUUAGAAAAGAAAAUACAUUAAUUAAAAAAACACAAAAAAAUGAAAACACCUGCAAAAUCUGUUGCUGCAGUAAAUACUGCAAAUACCACAAUCAAUAAUAACAAUAACACACAAGGAGGUGGUAAUAAUAACAACAAUUUGAGUAAUCCGACCAACAAUAUGGAUGCUUCGUUUUAUGAUGAUAAACAACAACAGCAACAACAACAAACUCAACAGCAGUUCGCCGCACCCGCAGGCAAUGCUUCAAAGAGACCAAUAUCGCUGGAUCUAAACACAUCGAAGAGUAAUCCUGCCAAGAAACAACGGAUGAGUGAAGUUGUUCCAACUCCUAUGCUCCUGGAACAGCUGGCAACGCCUGAUUUGGAAAAGAUCCUAAUGCCAAUUAAUUUACUUAAUGAUCUUACACCACUAGCAUUUUCUUCCAAGGUGACAUCUGAACAAGAAGGUUUUGCCAAGGGAUUUGUUGAAGCACUUAAAAGUCUCCAAAAUAACGACAACAAUAAUUCUCACACAAAUGGAAUGAGUGGCGGUUCAUUUACAUACACAAAUUUGGAUGACUCAUAUCCAGUUGCUAUUAAAGACGAACCACAAAAUCCACCAGCCUCACCACCCCAAUUAACUCCAAUUGAUUUGGAAAAUCAAGAAAAAAUCAAACUAGAACGCAAGAGACAACGGAAUCGUGUAGCAGCAUCAAAGUGUCGCAAGCGUAAACUGGAACGCAUUUCAAAACUCGAAGAGAAAGUUAAAGAACUCAAAGGAGAAAAUGCUGACCUUGCGCUCGUUUUAAAGAAUCUCAAAGAUCAUGUAUUCCAAUUAAAACAACAAGUUAUCGAUCACAUCAAUGCUGGUUGCAAUAUUGCAUUAUAUAAUGGCGCUACCCUUUUGCAAAGCAAAUAACAGGAGGAUUUCGCCGAUAUACUUGAUGGCAGUGGAGGCGGGGGAAGUGGAUCGUCGCUGGACUCCUCUGAAGCUGCCACAACGGCAACAUACGAAUUAGUUGUGCCCUCCGAAGAGGAAUCCCUCCAGCCAGUUGAAAUAGCCGCCAAUGCAAAUGCCAAUGCCAAUGAAACAAAUGAUGCAAACGACAGACCUCUACUAUUCGUGAUAGUAACCGAUUAUAAUAUGCAAUAGGAUAGAAUAGUAACACAAUUUAACUACAUAAUAAUAUAUUGUCUCUUAAUUGGCUGUAGUAAGAGAGUAAGUGAGUGUGCAAAGGGGAAGCAUAAGAGAUAUGCUCUUUUACUCGUUAAUCGGCCAAUCGGUUCUUAUUUAAUUUCUAAGCUUAAAAACUGUGUGCUUUUUGAUAGAGCUUACGCGUUGAUUGUAAUAUUUUGCUUUUUAGCUUCUCUUUAUUUUACUUUUUAUAGCAAAGUGCCUUUCAAAUAUUUUUUUAAAGUUUUUUUUUAUAUGAAUAUUAAAAAUCGAGAGAUUGAUGCUUUCGAUAAAUUACAAAUUAGAAUGAAGCAAUCUUUGGUAAACAAAAACAAAGACAGAAUGGCCUUAAAUUUUACACAUAACACAAAUUAAAUAACACUUUAUUAAUAUAUAUAUUAUAUAUAUUUAUAUAUAUACCUAUUAUAAACUACUUAACACACGUGCAAACAUUAUAUAAUUUAUUUUAGUUUUAUUAAACAAAAAAUAAAUCAUAUAAUAUUGUAUAUAGUAUUAUUAAUUUUAAAUGUGUAUUUUUUUUAUUUUUCAAAGCUUUAGAAAGUAUCCUUGAAUAACAGAAAAAAAAAGAUAAAAACAUACAUAGAUACUCAAAAGACAACACUUUUAACAAAUCUAAUUUGAUAUUUUCUAUUAAUUAAUAAUGAUGUAGGUGUAUUAACAUAUAAUAUACAUUGUAUACUUAUUAUGUACAGAGAAUUCUUGUUCUUAACAUUGUGUAUUUUAUUUUAUUUUUUGAAAAAAGGUUUUAAUUUAAGUUAAAUAUAAUAUUUUAUUUUUUCCUUAUAAUGUAUGAAACAAUUAUUUUAAGAGAAUACAAUUUAAGAAAUAUAAUUUAAUAUUUUAAA